UGUGCUCAAUUGCUAUGAAUUACCUCCAGGUUAAGCCACCAAAGUCAAGUGAAGAGCUUAGUGAUUUUAAGGAAUAUAUGAGAGAAAUGAGGGUCAUCAUUACAGGUGUCUCUGUAGGAAGUUUAAUGAUAACAGUGAAGUGUGAAUCUCUCCAAAUCUUGGAGGAAUUGUGGACAGAUUAUUCAUGUGGUCAUCUUGGUGAAGUGGUUCAAAAUUGUUUUGUGACUGAAAAGAUCUUGAAGGAACUGAACCUGGCUGAGCUGAAACUGAAGACAACCAUGGACAUAGAAGAGUACAAUGCAAGGAAAGUUUACUUUGAGAGAGUUGCUUUCAGAGAUGCUUUAAGCUCUCAGUCACUUUUCAUCAGUUCUGAAGAUCAACCACAUUUGGAAAAAAGGAGACAGAAGGUAGAGGUUGGGGAGUCAGAGAAAAGUAAAGAUGAUUUAAGCUCUCAGUCACCCUUAAUCAGUUCUGAGGAUCAACCACAUUUGGAAAAAAGGAAAAAGAAGAUAGAGGUUGCGAAGUUAGAGAAAGGGAAAGUAAAAGGGAGGUCCUAUGGCCAGAGGAGACCUCCGCUGACCCACCUUUUGAAAAGUAUCUUGGAAAGAUACCCUGAUGGAGGACAAAUCUUAAAGGAAAUUAUUCAGAAUGCAGAUGAUGCAAACGCCACAAAAGUGUCCUUUCUACUUGACUCACGUCAAGGCUUUUUUGGAGAGAACUCGCUUGUCGAACCCACUCUAGCUCAGUUCCAGGGCCCUGCUUUAUAUGCUCAGAACAAUGCUCUGUUCAAGGAAACUGACUGGGAAAACUUGCAGAGACUGAUGGAUAGCAGUAAGAAGGAUGACCCUUUAAAAGUUGGUCGAUUUGGAAUUGGCUUUAAUUCUGUUUAUCAUAUAACUGAUCUUCCCAGCAUCGUGAGUGGGGAUUCUAUUGUAUUUCUUGACCCUCACGAAACACACUUCGGUAGAGGUGAAACGGGACGGCGAUUUUCCCUGGAGUAUGAACUGCUUGAAAUUCACGAAGACCAGUUCAAGCCGUUCGAGAAUGUCUUGGGCUGCAAAAUUUCGACUCAAUUUUACAAUGGAACUCUAUUUCGUUUUCCGUUACGAAGUGCACCAUCAGAUUUAUCCAAAAAGGUUUAUAGUAAGGAAAAAGUUGGCAAAUUAUUUCAAGCCCUUAAAGACGAAGCUCCUGUCAUCCUGCUCUUCUUGAAGAACAUUGAAGAAAUUGCUCUAUUUGAAACUGAUGAGAGAGACUUUCAGAAACAUGUCUUUACAGUGCGAUUGAGUGACAGCUGUCGGCAAGAAGUUCGUGGGAAGAAGAGAAAGUUUUUGAGUGAUUUGAUAAGGCUGAGCAAUGAGUUAGUUGAAAACGUAAAUCUUUCUCUAGAUUUGCAUGUCGUUGAAGUGACUGAAGGAGAAAGAGCGGUGGAAAAUAGAUGGCUUGUUUACCACCAAGUUGAUGCUCGAAAUCCAACACUCAAAACAUUGUCCUUGGAGUUGGGUCACCUACCUUGGGUAGGUUGUGCCACACCAGUGAAUGCAGCCAAAUGUCUAGUUCCCUCAUCUAGCACUGGACGAAUAUUCUGCUUUUUACCACUUCCACCAGACGCUGACUCCAAGACUGGUUUGCCAGUUCACGUGCAUGGUUACUUUGGCCUCACAGACAAUCGACGUGGUCUUAAAUGGCCAGGCCCUGACUGUCAGGAUGAUCCAACAGCAGAAUGGAAUGUGUUGCUGGUGGAGCAUGUUGCAAGUACGGCCUAUGCCAACUUGUUGCUCCGUCUUCAGGAAUCAUGUGACUCUUCGUUUGGAGCAGAUUUGGUAUACAAGUCCUGGCCAAACAUUCAGGAAGUUGAGAAACACUGGAGGUGUAUGCUGAAGCCCAUGUUCUCGAUUUUACUCAAAGAAAACGUCCUCUGGACCACUGCAAAUCAUGGUCAGUGGAAAAACCUUAGUGACGCCUACCUGGACAGAAUAAAAAGCCAAUUUCAGAAUGCAACCAAUGAAACGAGAGAAGUAGUUCUAGAAACAUUGACGCACGCAAAUGAGGCUGUUGCAAUCGUCCCGAACCAUGUCAUGAUUGCCAUUGAUAAUUACGGGCCAGUACCUACGAAGAGCAUCACCCCCACAUUCUUAAGAGCACUGCUGAAAGAGAAGAGGAAGGGGAUUUUGUAAGAUGUACCAAAGAA